CUCACACCCGACCCGAGCCGCAACAACCCCACCGCGGACCAGACCGCACCACGCGCCAGCGGCGACGGGCGGCGCCCAGGCGAUGACCGGUAAAACGUACGCCCCGCCUCCUCGCUGCUACGGCUAUAAAGCCUCCCCUGCCCCCGUCCCCUCCUCGCCAAACGCCACCGCUCCCCACCUCCUCCUUCCUCCUCCCCGACUACAGAGUGCGGAAACCGCCGCGUCACACAUCCUCCUCCGCCGCUCCGCGCAGAAGCGUUUCGGUUCGGUUCGUUGGAAAAGCUGAGCGCGGGCUUCCACGGACAAUAAGAGCCGGCCGGCGGGGCCAUGCAUAGCCACAGGCCGGGCGCCGACGCCGGCGCCGGCGGCGGGGACAUCGUCGAGAUGUCCUCCGCCGCCGCCGCGCCGCCGCCGCACGAGGGGCGGGACCGGGAGCGGGUCAUCCCGCACAGCGGCCCGCUAAGCAAGAAGUCCGGGCCGCGGAAGAGCGCGCGCUUCGCGGAAUCCGUCUCGGCGCCGCUCUCCGCGCCGCCGCCCCGCGCCUCCCCCUCCUCCUCCGCCGCCGACGACGACGACUACGUCGAGAUCACCCUCGACGUGCGCGACGACUCGGUGGCGGUGCACAGCGUCAAGCCCGCCCACCACGGCGGCCCCGGCGGCGCGGGCGGCGCCGAGGACCCCGACGUGACGCUGCUGGCGCGCACGCUCGAGAACCGGCGCUCCUCGUCCUACGGCCACUCCGUCAUCCGCAACGCCUCGUCGCGGAUCAAGCAGGUGUCGCAGGAGCUCCGCCGCCUCGCCUCCGUCAACCGCCGCGGCGGCGCGGGCGGGCGCACCCUCGACCGCUCCAAGUCCGCGGCCGCGCACGCGCUCAAGGGGCUCAAGUUCAUCAGCAAGGCCGAGGGCGCCAAGGGGUGGGAGGCCGUCGAGGAGCGCUUCGACAAGCUCGCCCAGAACGGACUCCUCCACCGCUCCAAGUUCGGCCAGUGCAUCGGGAUGCGGGAGCCGGAGUUCGCCGGCGAGCUGUUCGACGCCCUGGCGCGCCGCCGCAACAUCUCCGGCGACACCAUCAGCAAGGCGGAGCUGCUCGAGUUCUGGGACCAAAUCUCCGACACCAGCUUCGACGGCCGCCUCCAGACCUUCUUCGACAUGGUGGACAAGGACGCGGACGGCAGGAUCACCGAGGAGGAGGUCAAAGAGAUCAUCACGCUAAGCGCGUCGGCGAACAAGCUGUCGAAGGUCCAGGAGCAGUCGGAGGAGUACGCGCGGCUGAUCAUGGAGGAGCUGGACCCGGGCAACCAGGGGUACAUCGAGCUCUACAACCUGGAGAUGCUGCUGCUGCAGGCGCCCAGCCAGUCGGUGCGCAUCGGCACGACCAACAGCCGCAACCUGAGCCAGAUGCUGAGCCAGAGCCUCCGGCCGACGCCGGAGCCGAACCCGCUCCGGCGGUGGUACCGGCGCGCGGGCUACUUCCUGGAGGACAACUGGCGGCGCGUGUGGGUGAUGCUCCUGUGGCUCUCCAUCUGCGCGGGGCUCUUCGCCUGGAAGUUCGUCCAGUACCGCCGCCGCUACGUGUUCGAGGUGAUGGGCUACUGCGUGUGCGUCGCCAAGGGCGGCGCCGAGACUCUCAAGUUCAACAUGGCGCUCAUCCUGCUCCCCGUCUGCCGGAACACCAUCACCUGGAUCCGCAACCGCACCGCCGCGGCGCGCGUGGUCCCCUUCGACGACAACCUCAACUUCCACAAGGUGGUCGCCGUGGGGAUCACCGUCGGCGCCGCGCUCCACAUCAUCUCCCACCUGACCUGCGACUUCCCGCGGCUGCUCCACGCCACCGACGCCGAGUACGCGCCGCUCGCGCCCUACUUCGGCGAGCGGCGCCCGCCCAACUACUGGUGGUUCGUCAAGGGCACCGAGGGGUGGACGGGGCUGGUGAUGCUGGUGCUCAUGGCGGUGGCGUUCACGCUGGCGACGCCGUGGUUCCGGCGCGGGCGGCUGCGGCUGCCCGGCCCGCUCCGGCGGCUGACGGGGUUCAACGCAUUCUGGUACUCGCACCACUGCUUCGUAGUGGUGUACGCGCUGCUGAUCGUGCACGGGCACUUCCUGUACCUGACGAAGAAGUGGCAGAAGAAGUCGACGUGGAUGUACCUGGCGGUGCCCAUGGCGCUGUACGCGUGCGAGCGGCUGACCCGGGCACUGCGCUCCAGCGUGCGCCCCGUGCGGAUCCUCAAGGUGGCCGUGUACCCCGGCAACGUCCUGUCGCUGCACUUCUCCAAGCCGCAGGGGUUCCGGUACAAGAGCGGGCAGUACAUCUUCGUCAACUGCGCCGCCGUCUCGCCGUUCCAGUGGCACCCGUUCUCCAUCACGUCGGCGCCGCAGGACGACUACGUGAGCGUGCACAUCAGGACGCUGGGGGACUGGACGCGCGAGCUCAAGAACGUCUUCUCGAGGGUGUGCCGGCCGCCGGCGGAGGGCAAGAGCGGGCUGCUCCGGGCCGAGUACGACCGCGACGGCGGCGCCAUGACCAACCCCAGCUUCCCGAAGGUGCUGAUCGACGGGCCCUACGGCGCGCCGGCGCAGGACUACAAGCAGUACGACGUGGUGCUGCUCGUCGGCCUGGGCAUCGGCGCCACGCCCAUGAUCUCCAUCAUCAAGGACAUCAUCAACAACAUGAAGAUGCUCGACGGCGACCUGGAGGUCGGCGCCGGCAGCACCAACGACGCCUCCGUGUCCGCGGCCUCCUUCCGCACGAGCCGGGCCUACUUCUACUGGGUCACCCGGGAGCAGGGCUCCUUCGAGUGGUUCCGCGGCGUCAUGGACGAGGUGGCCGAGACCGACAAGAAGGGCGUCAUCGAGCUCCACAACUACUGCACCAGCGUCUACGAGGAGGGGGACGCCCGCUCCGCCCUCAUCGCCAUGCUCCAGUCGCUCAACCACGCCAAGCACGGCGUCGACGUCGUCUCCGGCACCCGCGUCAAGACCCACUUCGCCAGGCCCAACUGGCGCAACGUCUACAAGCGCAUCGCCCUCAACCACCGCGACCAGCGCGUCGGAGUGUUCUACUGCGGUGCCCCGGUGCUGACCAAGGAGCUGCGUGAGCUCGCGCAGGAUUUCUCGCGGAAAACCAACACCAAGUUCGAUUUCCACAAGGAGAACUUCUAAUCCAUUUAGCCUCGACAAGUUUUCGCAUGACAAGUUCCGUACAUACCGUAUUCAGUACGUGUAGCGUAUAUAUGGAUGUAGAGGGAGGGAGUAGAACAAAGUAGGUAUUGCUUGAUUGUGACCGGCCAGUUGGGUCAAAAUCCCAGCAGUUUUUUGUUUGCUCUAGAAGAAUUAAUAAUACAAAUGCCUUUGUACAGAUCC